AGUUUAGUUUACCCUAUUUUGGAGUCCCCUGAAACGUUGUCGUUUAAGCUUUGUUUGAGCUUCCCUCGCCCCCACCCCUCAAGAGUUCACACUCUACACCAUUGCCGCUUGAAUUCGUUGCAGAAUUGGUCUUUGGGUCACGCAUGGAUACCACACAAGUCACCAAAUGCCAAUGGGAUUUUAGCUGUGGCCUCGAAGUGGAUUUUGGAUCUGAAGAGAAUGCUUCCAUCGCAUAUGCUGCUUUAGCUGUUGAUAAGGAGUUGCAACCUGAUAAAGUAAAACGACUGAUGACGGUGUCUGAUGGAAAGCUAUCAGUGCGCUUUGAGGCAACAGAAGCCAGAUUUCUCCGGGCAUCAUUCAGUGCUUUUGUAGAUGUCCUUAUACUAGCCACGAAAACAAUUGAAGAAUUUGGUCCAGGAAUGGAGUUGUGAUGUAGCCCUUAUCUCUUAGUUGUUGGAUCAUUAAAAUGUACUGUUAACUUCAACCAUUACAAUGUACCAUUACUUGUUUCUUUAAAGCAAGAAGGAUUUUCAGUUUCGCUUUUGAAUUUGUAUAGAUGAACUAUUUGUGCGAGUGUGAUAUAGCAUGUUUGGAUUUAGAUUC